CUUUCAGUAUCUUCUGGUGCAGCUUCAAUUGCUUUCCAACAUAUUAAAAAAUGGCCUUGAUUGUCUUCAUGAUGAUUUUUCUUAUUUAUUCAGCGCACAGUGAUGUGGAGCUGCAUCAGAAGAUGUUCAUGAUUAAACCCACCAGCAAGCUCGUUAAGAUAGAAUGUACUUUCCCUUCAGAUUGUGAUAAUUACAUUCACUGGUAUCAGAAGAAGGAUAGUGAACCUUUCAAGAGAGUUCAAUAUGUGAAAAUUGAAGAUCAAACUGUUCGAAAUGAACCUGGUUUUGAAACACUGAAAGCUGAAAAAACAGGAAAUAAGUUUGAUUUGAUAAUCCCCAAUUUAAAAACAGAGCAUUCAGCAACAUAUUAUUGUGCCUGCUGGUGUGACUCUGGAUACAACACCUACUACUACAAAGUAUUUGGAUCGGGAACUCGGCUUAUCGUCACUGAUGGGAAUGACAAAGACAAGGUCAUAGAGCCUACAGUACAUGUGUAUCCAGUGUCCAAGCCACAGAAACAAAAGUCUGUUUUGCUGUGCGAGGCGAAAGGCAUGGUCCCAGACCUAGUGAGAUUCAGGUGGGAAGCAAAAGAUAAUAAUAAUAAAGACGUGUCGUUGAAAGAUGAUGACCAGCUGGAGCAGAGAGGCCAAGACUCAGAGGUCCGUAUCACCAGCAUGCUUAUCGUAGAAGAGAGCAAAGCCAUGAACAACAAAUUCACCUGCUCUGUUCAGCAUGGCACCACUGGUGAAAAGAAACAUGAUAUUCCAACAGAAGAAGAAAUUCGUAAAUCUAAGCAAAUUCCUUCCAAAACUCCUACCUGUCCAUCUAAAAAAGCAGUAGGAGAGGCAGAGAUGGGGGAGGAAGAGGAAAACGUGAAUAUUGGUGUGCUUAAGAUUGAUCGCAGUCUGUAUCUGUUCAGCAUGACAUAUGUGAUACUGCUAGUGAAAAAUGUGCUCUAUUUCUGCACCAUCUUUGUCUUACUGUUCAAGAGAAGUUCUGCUAGCACGGAGUUUAUUAAAGGCAACGUUCGCUGAUCAUCAGCUAAACAUCACGAUGCAACACAUCUUUUUUAAGAAUGAUCUAUCUAUCUAUCUAUCUAUCUAUCUAUCUAUCUAUCUAUCUAUCUAUCUAUCUAUCUAUCUAUCUAUCUAUCUAUCUAUCUAUCUAUCUAUCUAUUUUUGAUUGUUGGGGAGAUAGUUGGGGAGAUUUGUGAGCAACAAGACCUCCUAUAUCCUUGUAUGCAUCAGACUUUGUGGUAAGAACCAGAUAUGGCCCAAUCAAUCAAUCAACCAAUCAAUCAAUCAAUCAAUCAAUCAAUCAAUAAACCAACCAAUCAAUCAAUCAGUCUGUCUGUCUGUCUGUCUGUCUGUCUGUCUGUCUGUCUAUCUAUCUAUCUAUCUAUCUAUCUAUCUAUCUAUCUAUCUAUCUAUCAAUUUUUUUACAUUGUAGUUUUAUGCUUUUGUGUUUAAAUCAUGUGAAGAUUUUAAAACUUUAAAUUGUAUUGCGAAUAUACACCUGUUUUUGUACACAGUUAAUUUAAAACCUGUUGUAUCUAUCCAUGCACCUGUACUGCCUAUAAAUAUUUUGUAUUUGUUCUCUUGCCAUACAUUAUGUUUGCUAUAGAUGGAUUGUUGUUUUAUUAAAAUCACUUUUAAAAAUC